AUGCAGCGGCGCCAUGCACAAGAGGCCCUCUUUGAACACGGCUGUCGUGUUUCGUACGCCUUCUUGGGACCGCGUCGAUGGGAGCCCCACGACGGUUUCCAGCCCAAAAAGGCUGAAGCAUCAUACACGGCGGCUGUCCUGUCACUCCAGAAGCUCCUCAAGGACGAAGGCGGUAUCGCAGCCACAGGCCAAGAUGGGAAACAGGAGUUGUCUAUGGUUGCCAAGCAGCUUCAACAAGCAAAGGAGGGUACUCUGGACAAGAAGAAAAUGUCCAGAUUCGUCAAAUCGUUGGAUCACUACCAAGGUGUCUUUGACAUCCUCUCCCAAGCCGACUUCUCGGGCUUGCCCUUGAUAUGGGGCGGCAUAAAGCUCGUCUUGCUUAUGUCCAAAACCAGUUCCGACACUCUUUCCAAGGUUUUCGAGGUCAUUAUCGACAUCGGUCGAAGCUUAGAACGGAUCAGGGGGUAUGCGAUGCUCUACGCGACCCCACGGAUAACAGAGUUUACUGUCGAGCUCUACGAAGCUGUCGCAGAGUUUCUGGAGAAGGUCAUUACUGAUUUCAAGAAGAGCCCUUUCAGUGAGCAGAAUGGACAAUGA